AUGCGAUCGUUCUUGUCAACAAGUAUUGAUCGAGAGGCAGCACUCUGCUUCGCUCAAGCUGGCGCGCAUGAUGUGGAGAAAGUGUUGUUUGUGAUUGAAGCAGACACUCAUCGGCAGACUGCACCAUUUGCAUCCAUCUCACAUCUGAGUUAUUUUCGUACUGAAGAUGAAGUGUUAUUCAUGCUCGGUGCUGUCUUUCGAAUUGAGAAAGUGGAUUGUGAUGGUGGUGUGUGGGUGGUGAAGUUGGUCUUGUGCAGUAAAGAUGCUCAUGAGAUAAAGAAGAUGAUAGAUCAUAUGAAGAAGGAGAUUGGAGAAGGUGAAGCGACAUUCUACUCACUUGGAUGUUUGUUGCGGAAGAUGGGCAAAUAUGAGAAGGCUGAGAGAUGUAUUCAACGACGACUUCGUGAACUACCACAGAAUCAUCCACACGAGGCACCCUGUUACCACUUACUUGGAAAUAUUGCUGAUGACAAAGGCGAUUACACAUUAGCUCUUGAACAUCACAAUAAAUCCCUCUCCAUCAACCUCCACACAUUAACACCAGACCAUCCACACAUUGGAUAUAGUUACAACAGCAUUGGUGGAGUUUAUAAUGUGAUGGGUGAUAAUGAAUCAGCACUGCAGAACUAUGAGAAAGCCUUGUCAAUAUGGUCGAAGUGUUAUGGUAAAAAUGACGAACGUAUUGGAGAUGUCUACAACAACAUGGGAAACAUCUACCUGAGAGAAAACAAGUUGAAUUUAGCAAUCAACAAUUACACGAGGUCACUAGAGAUAAAGAAGAAGGUUCUUCCUACUGAUCACCCAAGUGUAGGUGAUAUAUAUAUGAACAUCGGCAGUGUUUAUGCGACCAAAGGCGAAUAUGAUAUGGCUUUGUCAAAUUACGAUAAGGCAUUGAGAAUAAAGACAAAGUCUCUUCUACCCACUCAUCCUUCUAUCGCUACCACAUACAAAAAUAUUGGUUUCGUGCACGAAGACACAAACAAGCAUCAGUUGGCACUCGAAUAUUUUCAGAAAGCAGCCAUGAUCCUCCAUCAUUCACUUCCAUCCACUCAUCCAUGGGUUGUCACAAUUGAAGAUGCCAUUCGAAGAAUCAAAUCAAAACUGAAGUAUAUCGACCAGAGUUCUCUCUUUUCUUCAGUUAUACGAUUAUCUUCUGUUUAG